AUGGAUUACUCGUACAUCGUUGUGCUCACCACCAACAUCAUAGCUUUCACCGCGGGCACGGUGCUCACUUGGUCCUCUCCAAUUCUGGACCGGCUGGCUGACAACACCACGACCCCCUUCGACCACCCGAUUACCCUGGAAGAAAAAUCCUGGAUCUCCUCGUUCUUCCCCUUGGGCGCCAUCUUCGGGCCGUUCCUCUUCGGGUAUCUGGCGGACGCGAUCGGCAGAAAGAAGACUUUGCUGUGCAGCGCCGCGCCCUUCAUCGUCUGCUACUACAUGCUGGCCUUCGGCAGGACCGUGUGGGUCUAUUACCUGGCCAGGUUCCUGCUGGGGGCGGCCCUCGGCGGGGUGUACACCGUAAUACCGAUGUACGUGGGGGAAAUCGCCGACGACAGGAACCGAGGCACGCUGGGGUCGAUGAUGAACGUGUACCUGUGCUUCGGGAUAUUCUUCUCGUACUGCGUGGGGCCUUAUAUGAGUCUGGUGGGUUUUAACGUUCUCCUGGGGAGCGUUCCGGUGGUGUUCCUGGUGCUAUUUUUCCUCCUAGCACCGGAGAGUCCGCAUUACUACUUGAGUAAGAACUCCAUAGGGGACGCGAAGAGCAGCCUGCAAAAGGUGAGAGGGCUCCGAGCGGACGUCAACGAUGAAUUAGAGAUAAUAAUGAAGAAAAUCGUAGAGGACGGCAGGGGCAGCGCGAUGGACAUAUUCCGAUCGAGGGGAUUGCUCAAAGCGCUGUCGAUCACGGUCGGUUUGGGCGUGUUCCAGCAAUUCUCCGGCGUCAACGCCGUGUUCUUCUACGCCCAGCAGAUCUUCGAGGCGUCGGGCAGCUCGCUGCGGCCCGAGAUCUGUUCGAUCGUCAUCGGCAGCGUGCAGUUCAGCACCAGCUUCCUGACGCCGGUGCUGGUCGACAGGUGGGGCAGGAAGCUGCUGUUGCUGGUGUCCGCCGUGGGCAUGGCCGCGUCCGAGGCGAUCCUGGGCACGUACUGCUACCUCAAAGACUCGCAUUACGAGGUGGGCUCCGCGUCGUUUCUGCCCGUCCUGUGCCUGAUGGCGUACAUUUUUACGUACAACAUGGGGUACGGGCCGCUGCCUUGGGUGAUCAUGGGGGAGGUGUUUCCUCCUAAGGUUAAGUCGGUGGCCUCUUCUAUUACGGCUGGGGUUUGCUGGCUGGCUGGGUUCCUCACGGCGAGGUACUUCGAGCCGGUGGCGCUGGCGAUCGGAAUGGGGCAGUCGUUUUGGAUAUUCUCGGCCUUUUGCGUGUGUGCUGUACCGUUCGGAAUGUUUUUCGUAGUAGAAACAAAGGGGAAAAGUUUCGUGGAAAUACAGAAGGCUUUGGGUUGUUGA